AUGCUGGCUUCUCCAUUACCCACAGUAACUCCUGCUUCAUCGCCAAAUACCACUGCAAUGACCAGCGUCUAUACUCGACAACAACGAUAUUAUAAUGAUUGGCCCUUGAAUGAAUUGGAAGAGAAUGUUAUGACAUUAGCGACAUCAAUCAAACUUCAACAAGAGCAACAGCAAAGACAAAUGGCAAUCAAGCGCUGUCGAUCCUCGGUUGUUCGCUGCAAUUUAUGUCAGAGAAAGUUUCACUCCAAAGGAAAUUUAGCCAACCAUCAACAACUCUAUCAACAUUAA